AUGGCUAUUCGAUAUCCAAUCGGCACUUCGACAUCAAAGGCACUUUCACCAGGCCCUGGCAGGGUGGCAGGGACGGGCUUGGGUCGAUUCGACGAAUCGACGUGUUUACUUGACUUGGAUUUGCGAAACAUGUUCGGCUUUGACUCGUUUCUGACCAGGCCUAGGAGGGUGGACGGGAUGGGCUUGGGUCUCUUCGCAGAGAUAUCUUUUCCUGACGAUUAUUUGGAAAUUCUUGAUUCGAACUCUGAACAAGCCCUGGUUGGGUGGCUGGGACGGGCUUGGAAUGCGCUGAAGCAGCAUCGUGCUGGACUAUUAGUGGUUGGGAAAUCGCUCCUCUUUCAUGGGCAAAGGAGACGACAAACAACACAAGUUGCGUAG